AAGGACUGUUUUGGGAACUUUUCGCGGCCGGUUCCGCGGCCGUGGACGCUGAUGUGACGGUGCCACAUGAGGGCUCGAGCUCCCGGGGCGCCAGUGUCCAAUGCCUUGCUGCGCGAAACGGCGAGCAGUGCGGCAUACGCCGUUGGAGCAGUAUGCCAAGAGUUUGGAAGUGCAAGAGGCUGCGAUUGAGGCUGAUCCAUUGGAGUUGUUUCCCAUGUACGUUGUCCCCUUGGACGUGCUUCUGGACAUGACGCAAGUUGUGCCACACGAGAACCUCAAGACUGAAGGAAAACUGCUGGAGUACGAGGAGAGCAUGGGAAACGCAGCUUUCGUGUCGCACCAGUGGGUGGAUCGUUCACAUCCAGAUCCGCAGUUCAAACAGCUGAGCGUCUUGCAAGAUGCCUUGAGGAAUGCCAUGUCCCGGACGAUGCGGGAGAUCUCACUGGAUGUGGUCACAGCGACCGUGAUGCCAAGCAGACUUGGCAGUGUGGAAGUUCCGACCCAGAAAUCUCUUUACAACUUUGUUCGUCACUCCAACGGCUUGGAUGGCCAGAUCCUCGGAUUCGUCGUGUUGCUUCCCCCUUCGGCCCUUCGGCCCUGCGGCCCUUCGGUUUUCUCGAUUGGACGAGGCACCAAGAGUCUUCCAACCUCAGAGUUGUGGUCCCGAGAGUUGUUUCUUUGGUAUGACUACUUCUCUUGCCCUCAGCUGGAACGCACCAACCGCGCGGCGAUGCCCGCGACCACGUGCUCGAACACGGGUGAGAGCAACCUGUCGAAGGCCAUCGAUUCCAUUCCCGCCUACGUCGGGAGAUGUUCCUUCUUCUUUGCGCUUUGCCCCGUCCUCGAGGAUCCCACUGGGUGCCGUUUAUUGACACCGGCGACCUGGGCGGAACGCGGAUGGUGCCGCGUGGAACGCGCGGUGCGUGAGCUCUGCCCAAAUGAGUCAUGGAUCAUGAUCAGGAGCGCCAUCGACUUGGAAUUAGUGGUGAUCCCUGCCGUUAGCCCAGUGGGCUGCCUGGGCGGGCGUCCACCUGGCGAAGGCGACUUCAGUGUGGCUGGCGACCGGGUGAAGCUGCGGCCAUUGUUGGUGGAAGCUUUGAAGCGAAAGCUGCUGCUCUUGCUGGAAGCACAGGACUUGGUGAACUACCGGCUCUUGUUGAACUUGCAAUCGGUUCACUUCCGCGGUUUUCCAGAGGCACGACCCUUCGAACCGAUCCCGGGCUUCCAGGCGCAACCGCUUCCGCGCAGUGACCGGUUCCACAGCUUUCUGGACAGCUCCGAGGGCCUGCAGUCGGGAGGCGCGGGUGGCGCUCGACCGCUGCUGGUGGCGAGGUUCCUCUACCAAAACGGUUUCCGCAGCGUCCACGAGACGGACUCGGCGGGCUGGUCGCCCCUGCACUAUGCCUCGCUGCGGGGGUCUCCUGCCUUGAUCCAAGGAUUGCUGUCGCUCAGAGCUGAUCCCAAUCGUUUGACCAAACAGGAUCAGCCGCGCGUGGGAUUGCCCCCGAUGACCUCACCGCUCACCAUUUGCGUCUGCUUCAAACACAACCAGGCCGCCAGGCAGCUCAUAGCUGCCCGUGCAAAGAUCGAUGGCGGCUUGCUGAAACCCUUGGAGUUCGCCUCGGUCGGCGACAACCCCGAGGGUGUCCGCUUGUUGUGUGAGGCGGGCAGCUCGGUGCACUCGCGCAGCAUCAUGGGCUUCACGGCCCUGGAAAUCGCCUGCUGCCGGGGCGCCAUGGCGGCGAUGCUGGAGAUUGCGAGGCAAGCAGGAGAGAACAUGGACUUAUCUGGUGCCCUCUGGUGCGCUUUAGCUCUCAAAGCUGAAGGAGGUACAGCAGGCAUCGUCGAGUGGCUGCUGGACAGAAGAGCGGAUGUGAAUCAGUCACGGGAUCCCUGGAUGCAUUCCUCGCUCUACGGGGCCCUGGCGUUGUCCAAAGCCUUGCAGCACCGCUUCGGGCGGCGGAGCAAGGCCACACGGCAGUUUUAUCACAUGACUGGCGCCACGCCUUUGGUGAUGGCCAUGAUCGAGUCCCAGUACGAGGGUGCUGCGACGCUGAUUGCUGCGGGUGCGCGGUUGGACCUCCCCAAUGCUCGGGGUUGCUGCGCUGCGGACUUCAUCCGCGAGCAGGCAGUGCCUGACUUCUUGGCCCAGGCAGUGGAAGGCAACCUACAAGAAUGUAGAAGAGUAUCGGCCUUGGCGCAAAGCCAGGGCCAUGUUGAGCAGUCCUUCUGAUGGAUUGAUGCUUUGAUUUUCGUUUUUGCGCAUGCCGCUUCUCUGAUUUCUCGUAUGCUGACGGACUUGCUCCUGAACGAAGGGCAGGAUUCGCCUUUUCUUUCGGGGUGCAGGUUUCGCACAGAAUUUGGGUCAGUUUGCCAAGCCUGACCCUCCCCUUCAAUGGACGGACUCAAGUUCGCCUAAUACGAUUUCCUUGGGGUACCUGGCGUCAUCUUACAGACCCAAAAUAGGUUCCAACAUGUACAGAGGUCUCUUUGUGACAGAGCAUGCAGGCUAUGCAGGCUAUGCAGGCUAUGCAGCUUAAGGAUGCAAAGAAAGGCCAAGCAUGAAGAAUGUUCCCAAGUCACAGAGCAACAGCCUUUGUUGGUGCUCAUGCUGCGCAGAAGAACGCGUGACGUGAGGAGAUGAAGACGACGCAUGACCUGUGUAACAAAA